CAGGUCGUCCUCAGCGGGGGGGCCUGACCUGCUGUCCCGCUCCUCGCUGCAGUGGCUGUGAGAUAGCUUAGAUAGCUUACACGCUUUCCGUGCACAGCUGGAAGGAACACCUGAACGCACUUUUAGCAUUACAACGUUACACAUCGCACGCACGAGAGACGCGACGCGCGCAUUUACUUCCCACCAGGGAGACCCAGAAAUGAUGUCCCGUCUGCCGGGCGGCGACAGGACAACGUGCGGGACCACUGGCACCUUUUUGUCGGCGUGUCUGGUCUCCGCUUGCCAUGCCCUCCGGAACUGCGGGGAGGUCCAGUGCGGCGAUGGCCACCAGUGCUGUCCGCCCAUCGUCACCCUGAACGGCAGUGCCAGCUCCACGGUGCGCUGCUGCAAGCUCCCCAUCCACAUCUUCUUCGACAACGUAGGCUGGUUUACGCGGAAGCUGUCGGGCAUCCUGAUCCUGUUACUGCUUUUCGCCAUGGGCUACUUCAUCCAGCGGAUCAUCUGCCCGCGGCCCCGCCGGAACCCGCACAACGACCGCAGCGAGGAGCCCUCCCUCUUUCACGGCCACGCAUCGGCGUCCCAGGACUCCCUGCUGGACCGGUACCCCGAGUACAGCCUCAGGGAAUUCGCCUCUCCGAACCUGCCAGCAUACGACGAAGUCAAAUAUUUGCCCACGUAUGAGGAAAGCAUGCAGGAGAUGCACAGAGACCGGUCCGAUGAUAACUUGUUGUCGGAAAACGAGAGGGGCGGUCAGGGCAGGGUGAGAGCGGCGGGACCGAGAGCCGGAGACCAGAGACGGGAUGUCCUGGAGGUGUCAGGACCGCAACACAGCCCACGGACAUCUCGGAACUCUGUCUGAGAUUGGACAAAGCCACGGAGACAAUAUAGCAUUCUUAUUUUAAUAUAAUCAGGGUAAUUAUCUUGCGGAGAUAUAAACUCAAGUGCAAUUAUAAUCCUGAAUGUUUAGAAUAAAAGAGGAGGCUGAGAAAAUGUACGUGUUUUGUAAGAUUAUGGAGGAUUACUCGCCUUUUGUAUGCAAAUGACCGCUUGGAGAUUGUGAAGAAAGCGAAGGCGGCUGAAAUUGACGCUCUUUGUGAUAAGAGACAGCUAAUUUGGCUCCGGUACAAUCGCAUUAAGUUUUACUUAAGCACCUCAAUCUUAAGUGGCACCGUGAGACAGUUUUUCUUCUGUCAAAUUCUCGUCCUUUCUUAGUUUUGAUGCUAAAUAUUCUGCUGGACCUGAAAGACCUGCUUUUCUUUUAUUAAGUCUUUAUUCAAUUUGCAUCCAAAAAGAAGAAUAUUUAGUUUAUUCCCCUCAGUAACCUGAAAUGCGGUCCUAAAGAGGGAUGAAGGGAUGAAUAUCAAUUUUAAUACUUUCUGCAGCACACAUUUUUCAUCAGACAGCUUUAGAGCCAGUUCAUUUAUAUCUUAUCAGCAUGGAAGCAAUAUUUUCUUCAAAAUGACACACACACACAUGCACAUACUGUAUAGCCUACACAUUUCAGUGGGGGGGCUAACAGAUGAGGAUUUUAUCUAAGACCUGAGCCAUGUCUCAUAUGCCUACUGCAAAAGCUGAAGCCACAGCAGA